AGUCUCUCUGAGCUCCCAGAAUGCACCGGCAGUCCGCGGGAAACCAAAAUGGCGAAGGGUUGUAGUGAAGUGGGCUGUGUUUGAGGCCGGUGUAAGAACGCUCACUCUCUCCCCCCCCAACCUUCGUCCCCAGGUCCUCGGUUUGUGCGUGUGUAUGUGCGGGGUGCCUGGUGGGGCGGGUGCCCGGUAAGUGCUCGGACUCGCAGGGGAAGCGCCCACGGGGUCGUGAUUGGUUGUUUUUUCCUGUAUGAAGCGGUUGGCACCACUGAAGUGACCGAAUGAGAGACUCUACAGGGGCAGGUAAUUCACUGGUCCACAAGCGGUCUCCUUUACGUCGAAACCAAAAGACCCCAACAUCCUUGACCAAGCUGUCUUUACAGGAUGGACAUAAAGUCAAAAAGCCAGCAUGUAAAUUUGAAGAGGGUCAGGAUGUCCUAGCUAGAUGGUCAGAUGGCUUGUUUUAUCUUGGAACUAUCAAAAAGAUAAACAUAUUGAAACAGAGCUGCUUCAUCAUAUUUGAAGACAGUUCUAAAUCCUGGGUUCUCUGGAAGGACAUUCAAACAGGAGCCACUGGAAGUGGGGAAAUGGUCUGUACAAUAUGUCAAGAAGAGUAUUCAGAAGCUCCCAAUGAAAUGGUUAUAUGUGAUAAGUGUGGCCAAGGAUAUCAUCAGUUGUGUCACACACCUCAUAUUGAUUCCAGUGUGAUUGAUUCAGAUGAAAAAUGGCUCUGUCGACAGUGUGUUUUUGCAACAACAACAAAGAGGGGUGGUGCGCUUAAGAAAGGACCAAAUGCCAAAGCAUUGCAAGUCAUGAAGCAAACAUUACCCUAUAGUGUGGCAGACCUUGAAUGGGAUGCAGGUCAUAAAACCAAUGUCCAGCAAUGUUACUGCUAUUGUGGAGGCCCUGGAGACUGGUAUUUAAAGAUGCUACAGUGCUGCAAAUGUAAACAGUGGUUUCAUGAAGCUUGUGUGCAAUGCCUUCAAAAGCCAAUGCUAUUUGGAGACAGGUUUUAUACAUUUAUUUGCUCUGUCUGCAGUUCUGGACCAGAAUACCUCAAACGUCUACCAUUACAAUGGGUAGAUAUAGCACACCUAUGCCUUUACAACCUAAGUGUUAUUCACAAGAAGAAAUACUUUGAUUCUGAACUUGAGCUUAUGACAUACAUUAAUGAAAACUGGGAUAGAUUGCACCCUGGAGAGCUGGCAGACACACCAAAAUCUGAAAGAUAUGAGCAUGUUCUGGAGGCAUUAAAUGAUUACAAGACCAUGUUUAUGUCUGGGAAAGAAAUAAAGAAGAAGAAGCAUUUGUUUGGGUUGCGAAUUCGUGUUCCUCCUGUGCCACCAAAUGUGGCUUUCAAAGCAGAGAAAGAACCUGAAGGAACUUCCCAUGAAUUUAAAAUUAAAGGCAGAAAGGCAUCCAAACCUAUAUCUGAUUCAAGAGCACAGGCUCCGGACGCGCAGACCCAGCGGCCAUGGCUCACAGGCCCAGCCGCUCCGCGGGAAGUAAGCAAUGGCAUAGAAAAAAAAGGAAAGAAAAAGUCUGUAGGUCGUCCACCUGGCCCAUAUACAAGAAAAAUGAUUCAGAAGACUGCUGAGCCACCUUUGGAUAAGGAAUCAAUUUCAGAGAAUCCUACUUUGGAUUUACCUUGUUCUAUAGGGAGAACUGAGGGAACUGCACAUUCAUCCAAUACCUCAGAUGUGGAUUUCACGGGUGCUUCCAGUGCAAAAGAAACUACCUCGUCUAGUAUUUCCAGGCAUUAUGGAUUAUCUGACUCCAGAAAAAGAACUCGUACAGGAAGAUCUUGGCCUGCUGCAAUACCACAUUUACGGAGGAGAAGGGGUCGUCUUCCAAGAAGAGCACUCCAGACUCAGAACUCAGAAAUUGUAAAGGAUGAUGAAGGCAAAGAAGAUUACCAAUUUGAUGAACUCAACACAGAGAUUUUGAAUAACUUAGCAGAUCAGGAGUUACAACUCAAUCAUCUAAAAAACUCCAUUACCAGUUAUUUUGGUGCUGCAGGUAGAAUAGCAUGUGGUGAAAAAUACCGAGUAUUGGCUCGUCGGGUGACACUUGAUGGAAAGGUGCAGUAUCUUGUGGAAUGGGAAGGAGCAACUGCAUCCUGACUGUAGGACUGAACAUUAUGUUCACUGCACUCUCAUUUUCUGUAGGUACAGUUCAAAGCCCUAAAGGAGUCUGGCUUUUACUAUCUUUCUUAAAAAAAAAAAAGGUAAAAAAAAAGUCACUUAAGGAGAUAAUACUAGCCUUAACAUGUACUUGUCAAUGUUAUGGAUAUUGUCAUAAAAAGAUAUCUUUUAAAAAUCAGAACAGAGACUUAAUUUUUUAAAUCUUAAGAUUUGUAGAAUGUUUCUAGGAUAGGAUAUUAAAAAUGAUUCAAACCGAUGCAUGGUGUUAGAUAAUUUUUCUAAUUAUUCCAUUGAGUCAGUUUUUGUGGUUAGUGGUUAUCAGAGCAAACUUAUCAUGUAGAUAGAAGCACAAGUAUUUGGAGAAACAUUGUCUGUUUUGUUACCAAAAUGUUGGAAAAAAUUUAUUUCAAUACCUUUUAGAAUUCAUAAAGUGCAGUGUAUAUAAUGCCUACUAAAAGACUGUAAAAUAUUGAAAUUUUCUUUCAAAGUGUAAAAAAUAUAUUGAGCCUGUAAAUUGCUCUGUGACUAGACUUCAUUGUCGUCUUAAUAUAUUCUUUGCAUGUGCAUAUAUAUACACACGUGUGUAUAUAUAUGUGUGUGAUUGAUUAUGUGACCUAUGCAAUACAAAUUAUGGGAAUGGGCAGCUUUGGAGUAUAUAUCCCAUAAUUCUUUUUUCAGGAAUAGUUGCAGUAUUUACACAGCAGCAUUUCUUCUCAGGCUUUUAUUGGGUGCUGUUGCUUGCUAUGUAUGAAGAGAAAUGUGUCAGACAAGUUUAGUGUGUUCUGAAGAAGGGUGUGAACAACAGUGUUCAUGGGCUUUUUCGAAUGCUUUUCACUUUCAGUCCUUGUAACUCAGCUGUUCAGUACCUAAAACAAAUUCAAAUAGUAUGAAUAUUAUCUCCUACUAGAAGUAACAUUUUCAAGUUUUCAUGGCACAUUAUGAUUGUAAAUGUCUCUCAGUUUUAACAGUAAGUCUAUAGGAGUCCCGUGAAGAUUCCUGAAAUGUCUGUAGUAACUGUUAGUCAUGUUGAAUAAGUGUAGUAUGAACAAAGUAUUUUAUUGCACAGGGUUAACAAACAGUAUGUUGCCUGCAGAGACAACUGCUGUUUUAUUACAACAUUACCUCUUGUUUUUAUACAGCAUACCAAGAUUUAAAUUGAUAACUUUAUUUUACAUGUGUUAAAAAAAAAAAAGAAAAACAAGUUUCUUUUAG